AUGCCUGAGUCGUAUAUAACAAGCUGCGUGCAGAAUUCAUAUCACAGUGUUCCACAACAGCAGCUGGGUCGGCAACAGGAACCAAAAAUGGCCAUCUUCUUCGAUUCUUGGGUGACUGAAAUGUUGGCUCUACUGUCAACAAUUUUCGCGAUACUGUACGUCACAUUUAAAAUCAAUUACACCUACUGGAAGAAGAAGGGUCUGCCAUACUUGGAGCCGUCUUUCCCAUUGGGAAACGGCUGGAACACAGCGCUAAUGAGGAUAUGUCCAGGUGAAGAUACGAAAGACGUUUAUUUUGAAACAGAAGGCAAGGACGUCGUGGGUAUUGAAACACAGCUGAUCAAAACGAUCAUAGUGAAGGAUUUCAACUCCUUUCCCGACCGGGGCAUCUAUGUAGACGAGGAGACAGAUCACCUGACGGCGCACCUCUUCUUUCUCAGAGGAACCAAGUGGCUGUCUCUGUGCCAAAAGCUGACGCCCACGUUCACGUCGGGAAAAAUGCGCGCCAUGUUCGGCAUAGUGCGCGACUGUGCGCGGAUUCUGACUGACGUCACACCUGCUGGUAGCGUUGUGGAAGUCCGCGAGCUCAUUGCCCGCUACUCCACUGACGUCAUCGAUUCCUGCUGCGCCUUCGGCAUCGACGUUGACAGCCAGCACAACCCCGAGGCGGAGUUCCGUCAGUGGGGAGGGCGCAUAUUUAAGCCAUCUAUCCGUUCUUUCCUGACUCAGGCUCUGGGAUUCUCUAAUCCCAAUCUGCGCAACCUGCUGCCAAUAGCCUUCACACCAAAGGACAUCACAGAGUACUUUACACGCGUCGUUGAUGACACAAUCAUACAUCGAGAGAAGACUGGCGUCAUUAGGAAGGACUUCAUGCAGUUGAUGAUUCAGCUGAAGAACAUUGGAUAUGUUGAUGACAGCUUCUUAAUAACUGGGCAGAAGAGUGUUGAACAUAAGUCCAUCUCUCAGUACCUUCUUCUUCUCUUCGUCUUCCCAUCAAGGAUUAGGCUUCAAACCCUUCGUAUGUAUCCGUCCGUUCCAGUUUUGAAUCGCGAGGUGGUGCAGGAUUACAAGCUGCCAGGAUAUGACUGUGUCUUGGAGGAAGGAACUAAGGUGUUCAUUCCAGUCCUGGGACUUCAUCAUGAUAGGAAAUUUUUUCGAAACCCCGAGAAAUUCGACCCGGAGCACUUCUCUGAGGAGCAGAAGGCAUCCAGGCAUCCCUACUGCUAUCUACCCUUUGGUGAAGGGCCUCGCCUCUGCAUUGGGAUGCGUUUUGGACUGAUGCAGGUGAAGUUGGCGCUGGUUCAUCUAUUGUCAAAAUUUGACUUUCUGCCCGUUGGAGACAAGCAGUCGAAACUACGUAUGGCUCCAAACAACGUAGUGCUGACACCAAUUGGCGGAAUCGAGUUGAGGGUGGAGCAUCGACGAAUGUCUGGUCGCUGA